GGCCACCAAAGCCAGCAGUGGCAUAAGAGCCCACCAAACCCGAAUCCAAACCAAGAACUGUUUGGACACACUCCAGUCCCCGACCUACAACCAUCCAAGAUCAAUAUACAUUUGACGCUGGCUUCUCCAGGACACGAUGAACGUCAAAACAACGAAAUCACUCAAGCCAUCGAUAAGCUCCAAGAAGCGAUGACAAGUGCGGACUGCGAUCAUAGUACCCUCAUCAGCGUUCUGACCGAUCCCAAAUUCCAAGAUCCGCAAGCUCUUCAUCAGUUUCAAUACGACUACUACAGUCAAACCACGCUUGACCUAGCCGAGCAAAUCGAGCAAAAAGCCCAGGGCCUCUUCAGAGACGUCCUGAUGGCCCUCCUCAAGGGACCCCUCGAUCAUGACGUUUAUACUCUGGAGAAAGCCCUCUCCGGUGAAGACGCAGAUAAAAGGGCACUGAACAAUGUUCUCCUCUGUCGCUCUAAAGCCAAUAUCCGCGGCAUCGUAAGGAAGUACAAUAGUACUCCAGGCAGGGACUUGGUCCAGCUCAUCAGAAGCAAGGUCGACAAAGACCUCUUCCGCCUCUACAACGUGAUCCUCUCCGGCACCAGAGUCGAAGAUGCAGUCCUCGAUAUGGCCGAGAUUGACGAUAAAGUGGCAGAGAUUCAGCGUCUAAUUGAAGGUCCUCCCACCACCGACCUCACUCCCAUCAUCGACAUACUUGCGAGUGCCAAUGCCGCCCAGCUGCGAGCCAUGAGCAGCGUUUACGAGAAGAAGUAUCAACGAAAACUAGACCAUGACAUUGCACGGAAAUUCUGCGGCAGCAGCACGGAAGAUGCUCUGCUGAGGAUCCUCGAUUUCGCAACGGAUCGCGGGAAAUCGGACGCGGAUGGCUUGUGGAAUGUGCUAAGGCCGUCGACAAAGGAUGAUAACAUCUUUAUAUACAGGGCUCUUCGAUUGUACUGGAGCGGCACUGAGAGGCUCCAGGAAGUUCACGCUGCGUACAAGAAGUCUUACGGCAUGAGGCUGCUGGAUAACUUGAACGAGUCCCUCUCCGGAGACUACAGGGAGUUGAUGAUCGCAUUGAUUGGGGAA